AUGGUUCGCAUCUUCUCUGCGGUCCCCGGAGGCGCCAACAGCCGCACAAGAGGCCUCUUUGGAUCCACCCAAGGGGCUUCCACUCUACCACCUUCCAACUUUAGGAACACGCUUGACCUUCUUCCUCUCACCACUGUCUGCCGACUUUGGAGAGACAUCCUUCUCAACUCCCCCGCUCUCUGGACCAGUCUCUCCUCUGCAGACCCUCGUUGGGGCGCCUCGUCCUCCUUCUUUAGUGAACCUGAGCGAGCUUUGCACAUCUCUCGACUUCGUCCAGGGAUGACUUCCGCAAGACCGCUGUACAUCGUCUCUGCUGAACCAAUCCAGGAUAGUGGGAACUCGCAUUUCUUCCGUGAGAAUGGCCAUCGCAUAGAGGAGCUCACCGUGACUAUGCACCUGUACGGAACGAUGUGGUGUCCAGCUCCCAACGGGUCACAGCACUCACCACCAUUCCAUUCCUUGUCAUUCCCCCCGACAUCGCUCAAACGCCUUACCCUUACGGGUCAAGCACGUCUUGAUUACGGAACGGUGUGGCAAAACAUUCCCUUGUUCGACGGCGUUGAGCUUGCGAUAAACUCUUUAUUCAUGCACAGCAUACCUUUCCUCCCAGUCAACCCUACCCCCUUUCUAACCUGUCUUGUUCUCUCGUGGUCAUUGUACGAUAACAUACCACGCACGGGUGGGCCGGUGCGCGAGCUUCUUACCUUCCUCUCCAAUACGCCAUCUCUCCAAAAGGCCUACAUCGACGGCGUCACGGAAGAUGUUGAAGGCACAUCUGUCACUCAAAUCGUCCAUCUCCCUUUUUUACGCACACUCAAGCUCUCUCCCGGGAGAGCUGCCGCGACUGUAUUCUCUCAGCUCUCUCUCCCUCCUCAGUGCCUCACCUUCUUGAACCGCAUCGACAUCCGUUCUGGGGACUGCGUUGCCGCUGUCUCCACGGCAAUUCCGCUGCAUACCCACCGUGGCGCCGCGAAGCUCUACUGUUCCUGGGACCCGGGUUAUUUCCAGGGCAGCGUCGGCUCCAUCUCCAUCCAAGCCAUCUGGCCCGAGGACGGCGGCGGGCUUCGCCUCCACCUGGCGUCGCAGCAGCAAGGCGAGGACCUCACGGACGCCUGCGACGCCCUCGACGUCUUGCUCUCCGCCCUCGCGGGGGUGGACGAGGUCUGGUUGCGCGGCGCCGGGUCGGAGAUGUUCGUCGCGCGGGCCGCCCCGCAGAUGCUCCUCCGCCGCUGCACCGCCGUCAAGGCGCUCCACGUCCACGCGAUCGUCCCGUUCGGCCGGGAGAGCGUGCCAGCGCUGUGGCCGCCCGCGCACGUCUGGCCCGCGCUGGAGCGCCUGCACGUCUGCUUGAACGGCACGGAGGGCCUGCAGGACCUCGCCGGCCUGCUCCGGGCCAGGAAAGACGCGGGACGGCGGGUGGAGGAGCUCCGUGUCUCGCACCAGGCGAGGGCGGAGGCGGCGAGGGAGGUGGAGGCCAUCCGGGGCGCGACGGAGGCGCAUGUCGGGAACGUCGAGGUCGGGUGGAACUUGUACGAACAGGGUUCGUGGGACACCGUGUUACCGCGGAUCGUUUUGCCGGCGGAGAGCAAUGUGUUUUGGCCCUCGUGGGUAGGAGACACCGUGUUCGGGUGA